AUUCACCUCACAAAACAAUUUCCCCUUUUCGUUUUCAUAGUAGCGAGAAGAAGUAAAAACAAACUGUCAAACGUUGAUUCAUUUUCUUUUCCUCCAGUCCCGGACCGAACCCUGUCAGAGAGGUGUUCCAGAGACAGCCAGGCGAGGUGUGUGUGGCCUGGACUCCUCAACCACAGCACCAAGCCCAACACCAGUACCAAGCCCAGCACCAGCACCAAGCCCAACACCAGUACCAAGCCCAGCACCAAGCCCAGCACCAGCACCAAGCCCAAAACCAGCACCAAGCCCAGCACCAAGCCCAACACCAGCACCAAGCCCAACACUAGUACCAAGCCCAAGCCCAACACCAGCACCAAGCCCAACACCAAGCCCAGCACCAAGCCCAGCACCAAGCCCAGCACCAAGCCCAGCACCAAGCACAACACCAGCACCAAGCCCAACACCAGCACCAAGCCCAGCACCAAUCCCAGCACCAAGACCAACACCAAGCCCAGCACCAAGUCCAACACCAAGCCCAGCACCAGCACCAAGCCAAGCACCAAGCCCAGCACCAGUACCAGUCCCAUCUUCAGUCCCAGCCCAACCAGGAACCAGACCUCCAGCUGAACCACAGCCCACUAUCAACCAGGAACCAGACCUCCAGCUGACCCCAGUCCACCAGGAAACAGACCUCCAGCUGACCACAGCCCACUAUCAACCAGGAACCAGACCUCCAGCUGACCCCAGCCCACUAUCAACCAGGAACCAGACCUCCAGCUGACCACAGCCCACUAUCAACCAGGAAAUAGACCUCCAGCUGACCACAGCCCACUAUCAACCAAGAACCAGACCUCCAGCUGACCACAGCCCACUAUCAACCAGGAAACAGACCUCCAGCUGACCACAGCCCACUAUCAACCAGGAACCAGACCUCCAGCUGACCCCAGCCCACUAUCAACCAGGAACCAGACCUCCAGCUGACCCCAGCCCACUAUCAACCAGGAACCAGACCUCCAGCUGACCACAGCCCACUAUCAACCAGGAACCAGACCUCCAGCUGACCCCAGCCCACUAUUAACCAGGAACCAGACCUCCAGCUGAUCACAGCCCACUAUCAACCAGGAACCAGACCUCCAGCUGACCACAGCCCACCAGGAACCAGACCUCCAGCUGACCACAGCCCACUAUCAACCAGGAACCAGACCUCCAGCUGAUCACAGCCCACUAUCAACCAGGAACCAGACCUCCAGCUGACCACAGCCCACUAUCAACCAGGAACCAGACCUCCAGCUGACCACAGCCCACUAUCAACCAGGAACCAGACCUCCAGCUGACCACAGCCCACUAUCAACCAGGAACCAGACCUCCAGCUGACCCCAGCCCACCAGGAACCAGACCUCCAGCUGACCACAGCCCUCUUUCAGACCUCCACCUGACCCCAGCCCACCAGGAAACAGAUCUCCAGCUGACCACAGCCCCCUCUCAGACCUCCAGCUGACCCCAGCCCACCAGGAACCAGACCUCCAGCUGACAGCAGCCCAAUCUCAACCAGGAAACAGACCUCCGCUCUGCUCCGCUCGCUUACCAAGAAUAGGAGAGGAACUAACUGGGCCCAUAUUGUGUCUCCACAUCCCAGAAGGACAAUAAAUAAAUGAGUAUGUUUAUAAUCUCACAUCGAGAGAACAAUGAAGUUGGAGAGAGAGAGGGUCUCAACAGUGUGUUCAGUAAAGGGUCUGUGACUGUCAACAAACAGAAACCAGUAGUAGUCUAUAUGUCUACUGACACGAUGAGGGCUGCCCUACAAGCAGCCGUGAGACUCAGCACCGCAAAAGCCAGCAGCUGCUAUGAAUAGACCUUUUAGAAAACAUGGGAGAAAAUAGCCCAAAUUGGGACACGUGGUUUACGAGCGUCUGUAUAAAUAGUUAAAAAAACACAAUCAGAUCCUAGUGAAAGACUAAACUUAGUGACCGGGACAUGUGAUAUCUGCAUCAGGGACGGGAAGUGUUAUUCCCCUCGUUGACAAAUGGGGGACAGGAAUUUCUCACACAUCCUCUCUCCCUCAGCCGAGGUGACGUCCUCUCUCCCUCAGCCGAGGUGACGUCCUCUCUCCCUCAGCCGAGGUGACGUCCUCUCUCCCUCAGCCUAGGUGACGUCCUCUCUCCCUCAGGCUAGGUGACGUCCUCUCUCUGACAGCCUAGGUGACGUCCUCUCUCCCUCAGGCUAGGUGACGUCCUCUCUCCCUCAGCCUAGGUGACGUCCUCUCUCUGACAGCCUAGGUGACGUCCUCUCUCCCUCAGGCUAGGUGACGUCCUCUCCCUCAGCCUAGGUGACGUCCUCUCUCCCUCAGCCUAGGUGACGUCCUCUCUCCCUCAGCCUCGGUGAUGUCCUCUCCCUCAGCCUAGGUGACGUUCUCUCUCCCUCAGCCUAGGUGACGUCCUCUCCCUCAGCCUAGGUGACGUUCUCUCUCCCUCAGGCUAGGUGACGUCCUCUCUUCCCUCAGCCUAGGUGACGUCCUCUCUCCCUCAGCCUAGGUGACGUUCUCUACCUCAGCCUAGGUGACGUUCUCUCUCCCUCAGGCUAGGUGACGUCCUCUCUCCCUCAGCCUAGGUGACGUCCUCUCCCUCAGCCUAGGUGACGUCCUCUCUCCCUCAGCCUAGGUGACGUUCUCUCUCCCUCAGCCUUGGUGACGUCCUCUCUCCCUCAGCCUAGGUGACGUCCUCUCUCCGACAGCCUAGGUGACGUCCUCUCUCUGACAGCCUAGGUGACGUCCUCUCUCUGACAGCCUAGGUGACGUCCUCUCUCUGACAGCCUAGGUGACGUCCUCUCUCUGACAGCCUAGGUGACGUCCUCUCUCCCUCAGCCUAGGUGACGUCCUCUCUCCCUCAGCCUAGGUGACGUUCUCUCUCCCUCAGCCUUGGUGACGUCCUCUCUCCCUCAGCCUAGGUGACGUCCUCUCUCCGACAGCCUAGGUGACGUCCUCUCUCUGACAGCCUAGGUGACGUCCUCUCUCUGACAGCCUAGGUGACGUCCUCUCUCUGACAGCCUAGGUGACGUCCUCUCUCUGACAGCCUAGGUGACGUCCUCUCUCCCUCAGCCUAGGUGACGUCCUCUCUCCCUCAGCCUAGGUGACGUCCUCUCUCUGACAGCCUAGGUGACGUCCUCUCUCCCUCAGCCUAGGUGACGUCCUCUCUCUGACAGCCUAGGUGACGUCCUCUCUCCCUCAGCCUAGGUGACGUUCUCUCUCCCUCAGCCUAGGUGACGUCCUCUCUCCCUCAGCCUAGGUGACGUUCUCUCUCCCUCAGCCUAGGUGACGUUCUCUCUCCCUCAGCCUAGGUGACGUUCUCUCUCCCUCAGCCUAGGUGACGUCCUCUCUCCCUCAGCCUAGGUGACGUUCUCUCUCCCUCAGCCUAGGUGACGUUCUCUCUCCCUCAGCCUAGGUGACGUCCUCUCUCUGACAGCCUAGGUGACGUCCUCUCUCCCUCUACCUAGGUGACGUCCUCUCUCCCUCAGCCUAGGUGACGUUCUCUCUCCCUCAACCUAGGUGACGUUCUCUCUCCCUCAACCUAGGUGACGUUCUCUCUCCCUCAGCCUAGGU